GGCCAGCGGGGCGGGGACUCGCGACGUCCUGGGACUGCUCUUAGGGCCCAGCCGGCGCUAGAGCUGCGGACACUGUCGCUUCUGCCAGCACUGCCGCUGCCUCGUCUCCGACACCGGCCGAUACCAUGAACCCGGACCUGCGCAGGGAGCGGGCCGCCGCCACCUUCAACCCCGAGCUGAUCACACACAUCCUGGACGGCAGCCCCGAGAAAACCCGGCGCCGUCGAGAGAUCGAGAACCUGAUUAUGAACGACCCAGACUUCCAGCAUGAAGACUAUAACUUCCUCACUCGCAGCCAGCGUUACGAGGUGGCUGUCAAGAAGAGUGCUAGCAUGGUGAAGAAGCUGAGGGAGUUUGGCAUCGCAGAUCCUGACGAAAUCAUGUGGUUUAAAAACUUUGUGCACCGAGGGCGACCUGAGCCUUUGGAUCUUCACUUGGGCAUGUUCCUACCCACCUUGCUUCACCAGGCCACUGCGGAACAGCAGGAGCGUUUCUUCAUGCCCGCCUGGAAUUUGGAGAUCACUGGCACUUAUGCCCAGACAGAGAUGGGUCAUGGAACUCAUCUUCGAGGCUUGGAAACCACUGCCACGUAUGACCCCAAAACCCAAGAGUUCAUUCUCAACAGUCCUACGGUGACCUCCAUUAAGUGGUGGCCUGGUGGGCUCGGGAAGACUUCAAAUCAUGCUAUAGUUCUUGCCCAACUCUUCACUCAGGGGAAGUGCUAUGGAUUACAUGCCUUCAUCGUACCUAUUCGUGAAAUUGGGACCCACAAGCCCUUGCCAGGUAUUACUGUUGGAGACAUUGGCCCCAAAUUUGGUUAUGAAGAGAUGGACAAUGGCUACCUAAAGAUGGACAACUAUCGUAUUCCCAGAGAAAAUAUGCUGAUGAAAUAUGCCCAGGUGAAACCUGAUGGCACAUAUGUGAAACCUCUGAGUGACAAGCUGACCUAUGGGACCAUGGUGUUCGUCAGGUCCUUCCUUGUGGGAGAAGCAGCUCGGUCUCUGUCCAAGGCCUGCACCAUUGCCAUCCGCUACAGCGCUGUGAGGCAUCAGUCUGAAAUCAAGCCAGGUGAACCAGAACCACAGAUUUUGGAUUUUCAAACCCAGCAGUAUAAACUCUUUCCACUUCUGGCCACUGCCUAUGCCUUCCAGUUUGUAGGCGCAUACAUGAAGGAAACCUACCAUCGGAUUAACGAGGGCAUCGGCCAGGGAGAUCUGAGUGAGCUGCCUGAGCUUCAUGCCCUCACAGCUGGGCUUAAAGCUUUCACCACCUGGACGGCAAACGCUGCUAUUGAAGAGUGUCGGAUGGCUUGUGGUGGUCAUGGCUAUUCUCAUAGCAGUGGUAUUCCAAAUAUUUAUGUCACUUUCACCCCAGCCUGUACCUUCGAAGGAGAAAACACUGUCAUGAUGCUACAGACAGCCAGGUUCUUGAUGAAAAGCUAUGACCACGUGCACUCAGGAGAGCUGGUGUGUGGCAUGGUGUCCUACUUGAAUGACCUGCCCAGUCAGCGUAUCCAGCCACAGCAUGUGGCAGUCCGGCCAACUGUGGUGGAUAUCAGCAGUCCAGACAGCCUGACAGAAGCAUAUAAGCUUCGUGCAGCCAGACUAGUGGACAUUGCUGCGAAAAAUCUUCGAAAUGAAAUGAGUCACAGGAAAAGCAAGGAGGUAGCAUGGAACCUAACUUCUGUUGACCUUGUUCGAGCAAGUGAGGCACAUUGCCACUAUGUGGUAGUUAAGCUCUUUUCUGAAAAACUCCUCAAAAUUCAAGAUAAAUCCAUCCAAGCUGUUUUAAGGAACUUGUGUCUUUUGUAUUGUCUGUAUGGAAUAAGUCAGAAGGCAGGGGAUUUCCUUCAGGGGAACAUCAUGACAGGGUCUCAGAUUACCCAAGUGAAUCAGCGUAUAAUGGAGUUGCUCACUAUAAUUCGCCCCAAUGCUGUUGCUUUGGUUGAUGCAUUUGAUUUUAAGGAUGUGACGCUGGGCUCUGUUCUUGGCCGUUACGAUGGGAAUGUGUAUGAAAACUUGUUUGAGUGGGCCAAGAAAUCCCCACUGAACCAAACAGAGGUCCAUGAAUCUUAUCACAAGCACCUGAAGCCGCUGCAGUCCAAGCUCUGACGUGUGAGAAGGACAAGUUACGGUGGCUCCAGAAAGCAGCUGUGUGCAUCUCUCUCUCCUACCCAAGGCACACAUCUUUGCAGAAUCUUUAUUACAUUCAUAUAGCUGUAGAACAAAUGAUAAAUUGGCCCUUUUUCUCUUUUUAUAAAUGAAGAAAAAAAUGAACAGAUUUCAGAGAUUAAAUUGAAAAAAGGAUACGUUCUAAGUGCAAUUAACACUGAAAGAGACUUCUCAAGCAUUCAGAAAAAAACUAAAGAAAUGGCAGUGUGACUUCCAUUUGUAAUGCUGCUGAUCCCCGUUAGGUCAUGACUUUUGAUAAUUAGCAGAAUUUAUCUACUAAGUACUUAAUUAUUUUUUGAAUUUUAAUUGCUAAUCACUGGAAUCAUGGGCUAUUUAAGUGUGUUUAAGCAAAAGUACUUUUUAAGUGGGGCAAAACCCUUCCAAGCUUUCCUGCUAGAUGACCUGUUGCUCCUACUAGGACUGGCUAAAAAGUAGGACUGAAGAAGUGGGAUGGAGAAAGAAAGGAAAGUAAUAAGAAACCUAAUGUGAGUGAAUGUGUGCUUGGCACAUUUCCUGUGUGCUUCUUUCCUUUGCUGAUGUGUUGCUCCCUUCUGACCCACAUUAGCAUUUCCAAGAGGCCUCUUUGAGAGAGGUCCUCUGCAGGCCCUUUGUCUUACUAGUUAGAGAUUCAUCACCACUGUAGGGAUUUCUAAUUGUCAUUCUAGGAUUAUGACUCUUUUUGUCCUCAGCUUCUGGGAAGGAAUAGAUAGUAAAGUUAUCUCUCUAUAUGACAUUUGGGCAUUGCUGGGGCCUCAGUGUGUUCAUCUUCUCCCUCCCUCCCUCUUGCAUUCCUCUGAAAGAGGUACUGAAGAAGGGAGGAAAACAUUCCUUAGUAGAGUACAUGUAGGCAGAAUCUGCAUGCAGCUGUGGCACUGCUGUAGUUUUGGUGACCUUAUCAACUAGAUUUCCUGGGACAAUCCAGAUUUUGUGUUCUGUCAUUUAGGCAUAAGCCAUUAAAAUACUUGGAGGCUACUAAGUGUUUGGCAUUAGAAAAAUAAAUGAAAAUUUCACUUAGGUCACCACUUAUACCCAGAAAAACCCUUUGAUACAAACCAUGUGUUCUGAUUUUUGUUUAGAAAAUAUAAUUGAAAGGACUAAAGGGUAAAUGGAAAUUCCAUAGAUUGUUUCCUAUUAUCUGGUUUUGUUGUAUGUAUCAAGGAGCUUUAUAUGAGUUGCUAAAUUGUUCUUCCAGUUGAAAUCUAAUUUGCACAAUCAUUCUGUAUUUAAAGGUUAAACAUAUACCUUUUAAUGAAUUUUUUUUUAAUCAAUGUUAAAAAAUAUCACUUGAUUUUUUUUUUUUUUUCUUUUCUUUUUUCAAUACUGGGUAUUGAACACAGGGGCUCUCUACACUGAGCUACAUUCCCAGCUCUUUUCAUUUUUUAUUUUAUUUUUAGGCAGUAUCUUGCUAAAUUGCUGAGGUUGGCCUCACUUGAAACCUCCAACCUCAGCCUCCCAAGUAACUGGAAUUAUAGGCAUGGGCACUAUGCCAACCACUUAAUCUUUUUUUUUUUUUUUUUUAAGCCUUUUUGUGAUCCCUUACUCAUGAAAAAGUUUCUAGGACAGUUUCUGAGAAUAAAUUCGAUGGAAACAAUUUCCUUGUAUGAACCUGACAUAAAAUUUGUCCCAUGGGAGCUGGUAAUAUGAGUGAGACUUUUAGGUUACAACAGAAAUACUGUCUGUUGACACAGCCUUAAUUUUUUCUCUCUGAGAACUGAUAAUUGUGUUAUUAUUGAAGAGUUGCACUGUCACUCAUUGGCUGUAUAUUGACAAUUCAGAUUCUGGAAAAUUAAGAAAUGAAUUAUAUGACUCCAUAUUGACCUGUUAAAUGUAGAAUUGCCAGGCAUGUUGCAUGCCUGUAAUCCCAGCUUUUGGGAAGGCUGAGGCAGGAAAAUUGCAAGUUCAUUUGCCUGAGAAACUUAGCAAGUUCCUGUCUUGCUAAGUUUUUAAAAAAUAUUUUAAAAAAUAAUAAAAUGAAAAGGGCUGGGGAUAUAGCUCAGUGGAAGCACUUGCUUAGCGUGUGCAAGGCCCUAGGUUCAGUUCCUAGCAAACACAAAAAAGGAGUUAAUUUCAAAAUUAGUGUUACAAUGCUGUAUUCACAGAUGAACAUUUAUAGGCAGCAAUAUAUGGUGUCUGAACUGACCCACCUAAUCCAGCUACAUAGAGCUGGGAUCAGUCUUAGCAGAUUUCAGAGAUUGUGGGCCCACAAAGUCAUCUUCAUUCAGCACCUUGAGUUUUAUUUUAAAACUAAAUAUGACAUUUGAUACUAGUAUUUUUCUUAAUAUUGGAAUGUUUUUGUCUUGAACUUUGUGCAAUGUAAUCAAAGAUUAAAAAUGUAGUAAAAUUUCUGAUUUGUACUAUUGAGGAAAAGCAUGCCACACAAAUAUGUUUAACUUAUGAAGAAAUUUUAAAUGUAGGUUUGUAAGGUCUUGGUAACGCUAAGAAUGAGCAAGAAAGGAACAAUGACUGAACAAGUAGCAGAUGUAAAUGAAUAUUAUUAAUGAGAUUUUUCUACUAGAUAAUACUGAACCUUUUUUAAAAAUGAAAUUUUGACGCUAACUAGAUAUUUGUUAUUUUAAAUGGAUAGAAAUUGAACUUCUUCCUCAUUUAUUGCCCCAAUAGAUGAAUGCCAAGGUAUUUCAAUGUUUGGACAUUAGUGACCUCCAAGCACAGUUGAGUCCUUGCUUUGGCAGCACAUAUACUAAAAUUGUAACUGUAUAAGUUAGUAUGGCCCCUAUGCAAGGACGACACAAACUUGUGAAGUGUUCCAUAUUAAAAAAAAAAAAAAGUUGGUCCCAAGCCUUUGUGGCCUUUAAUCUUAAGGAUAUUUGCUUAAAUAUGAUAUUAAUUAUGUUCACAUGCUUUCUUAUGAUUUCAGAUUCCACAUAUCUGCAGGCAUUUUAUAGUUCCUAAAGCUAACAUGUUAGGUCUUAAUUCUUCAUUAUAAUGCUUUGGAGAAAUACAACUCUCCAUCAUCCUGGAAUUCUCUGGGAUCAGUAAGUCUUUGGACAAUUGCUGCUCAGUUUCUCCCCCCCCCCCCUUUUUCUGAGUUCUUCCCAUCCAUCUUAUUAGGAAGGAAGUGAAUUAGUUGCACAUGGUCUGUAACACCAGUCAACUUUUAUAUAUGUGGAGGGUACACCUGGAAUUACAGAUUGUCUUCAAGCAGUAACUAUGCUUGGAAAUUGAGCCCGAGACCAAGACUUGUUGAUUCUUUUUAGAUAAGUUUUGAUGGUUUUCAUGAAAUGAUGCAGUUGUAAAUCAGCUAGCAUUCAGUACUGUGUUCUUAUAUGAUUAAAACAAAUGAAUUUAAUGAAGUAAUUGUAAUUAAAUUACUUCAUUAAAUUAAAAUAGUGGUGGUAGGGUUCUGCUUACAAUUGUCCACACAAAAUUUUUCAGUGCCUAGUCAUGUGAUCUAUGAUAGAUAGUAUGAAUAUAUAAUGAGUUUUGCUUUAGGGUUACAAACCACUUACUGGUUGCAAAUCCUAAGAUUCAGGAUGUUUUGUCUAAUUUUUUUCUAGUGCUAGGGACGGAACCCAGGACCUCACACAUGUUGAACAAGUGCUCCACCACUGAGCUACUGCAUCAUCCCUUGUUUUGCCUUAAAUUUAAGUGAGCCAUUGAUUGUCUUGGGACUGUAAGGACAAUUAGGAGUAAUUUCAAGAAUUCUCAGUUAAAAAAAAUGUUUUGGUACAAUAGUGUUGACUGUUUCAUAAGAUGAUUUCUAGGUAGCACAUGUGUGAUCUUUAACAUAAUAUUCCGACUGCUGACUCGUUGGUAAACAUCUAAUUUCCAGUAGCUAUGGAUUCAACUAAAUGACUGGUUUAAGCUUGGUUCCUACUUAAUCUGCAUUUAGCUGGAAUUCGUACUCAACCCUGGCUUGACCAUCCUGUGGGGGUGGGAGUGGGAAUCAUGGGAUAGCAAUGACCCUCCAGUAUUGCUUGAUCUGGGAGUAAGCCAAACCACUACUCCUAUUUUGCUUUGUGAAACUGAAUAACCCUUAAUAAAAAGCACAGACAAGAAAAA